AUGAGCCCUGUCAGCGACGUCGCCGACGGCGACACGGGCGACCUCUUCGCCGACCCGGAGGACUACUACCCGCCUACUCCGCCGCCCACCUUUCAAACCCACACCCUGUCGUCGGGCCGCGUCCUCACCCUGCAUCUGGUCGGCUACUCCCCGACCGAGGCGCACCACCUCUGGAACGGCAGCCGCGUCGUCUCGGACUACUUCGAGGCCGACCCGACUCGCGUCAAGGGCCGGACGGUGCUCGAGCUCGGCGCCGGCGCCGGCCUGCCGUCGUUGACGGCGGGCAUCUUGGGCGCCAAGAAGGUUGUCGUGUCGGACUUCCCAGACGUCGACAUUGUGCAGACGAUGCAGAAGAACGUUGACGAGGCGGGCGAUCUGGAGGAUAUCGUCGUGCCCAAGGGAUACGUCUGGGGCGCCGACGUGAAGCCGCUGCUCGAGGUCCUCCCCGAGCCGGCAGUGGCGGCUGCGGGGGGCCAGGAGAAGAAGUUUGACGUGCUGGUGCUGGCGGACCUGCUGUUCCGGCACUCGGAGCAUGGCAAGCUCGUCGAUACGAUCCGGGACGCGCUGGCGAGGAGGAGGGAUAGCGUGGCGUAUGUCUUCUUCACGUCGUACCGGCCGUGGCUGCGGCACAAGGACCUCGCCUUCUUCGACGUGGCGAGGGAGAGGGGGUUCCUGGUCGAGCAGGUGCUGGAGAAGAAGCUGGAGAAGCCGCUGUUCGAGGAUGACCCGGGCGACGUCGAGGUGCAGAAGACCGUGAGCGGGUUCGAGGUGCGGUGGCCGGAGGAGCUGUUGGAGGGCUGA